UCACUCCCGUUUGAACAAGGGGAGCAGCGAGGGAUCUGCCUCCACAAGGGUCCACCACCUCUCCUGGUUGAUUUCAAAUUGCUCAUUCAUGUGAUUUGAUCAGAGAAUACUCUUUGUGAGGACAAGACAGGAAAGGGAAGGAGGAGAAAAUAAAGAAAAAGUGUCUUUGGAUGAUGACAUUUGAUCUUAGCCUAAAUGAAGCCCGUUCUUGAUCCUAUUGUUUCUUAAAGUGACAUUAGACUUUUUUGUUGUUGUUGCCAAGGUGCGCUCGGUAGACCACAGGGACCUCCAGUCUAAUCUCACGCGCCCCUCUUCGCCUUACAGUUUUUUGAUUGUUUGUUUGUUCUUGUACAGUGUUUCCCAAACCUGGAUGUUGACAGCUCGCGUUUCUUUUGGCACGUCGCUCUCUUUUCUGUUUCAGGGAAGAAGCGCUAAUAGAGACAAACACGGUGACACCUGCUCACCCAUAGACUUCUCGUUAGCUCUUUUUUUACGGAGCGAUCAAAAGAAGCGAGCACCGCCUGAGACGGUGACAGGAAAAGACUGUUUUCAUGUUCGGGAUUCAAGACAGCAUUCAAAGGAGCGGGAGUAGUAUGAAAGAGGAGCCCAUCGGUGCCGGGAUGAACGCUGUCCGGACAUGGAUGCAGGGUGCCGGAGUGUUGGAUGCGAACACAGCCGCUCAGAGCGGAGUGGGUCUUGCUCGGGCACACUUUGAGAAGCAGCCUCCUUCAAAUCUUCGCAAAUCCAACUUCUUCCACUUCGUUUUAGCCCUAUACGAUAGACAAGGACAACCCGUGGAAAUCGAAAGAACGACUUUUGUUGGAUUUGUUGAAAAAGAAAAGGAAUCUACCGGGGAAAAGACAAACAAUGGGAUCCAUUACAGAUUGCAGCUUCUUUACAGCAACGGCAUCAGAACAGAACAGGACUUUUAUGUACGCCUGAUUGACUCCAUGACCAAGCAGGCAAUUAUUUACGAAGGUCAAGACAAAAACCCAGAGAUGUGCCGGGUUCUGCUGACGCACGAGAUCAUGUGCAGCCGAUGCUGUGACAAGAAAAGUUGUGGCAACCGUAACGAGACACCCUCUGACCCGGUCAUCAUUGACAGGUUUUUCUUGAAAUUCUUCCUCAAAUGCAACCAGAACUGCCUAAAGAAUGCAGGAAACCCACGAGACAUGCGUCGCUUUCAGGUGGUGGUGUCUACUACGGUCAGCGUGGAUGGCCACGUGCUGGCUGUGUCUGAUAACAUGUUUGUACACAAUAACUCUAAACAUGGACGCAGAGCUCGCAGACUGGACCCCUCUGAGGGCACAACGUCAUACCUGGAACAUGCCACUCCUUGCAUUAAAGCCAUCAGUCCCAGUGAAGGCUGGACGACAGGGGGUGCCACAGUCAUCAUCAUUGGAGAUAACUUUUUUGAUGGUCUACAGGUCAUCUUUGGCACCAUGCUGGUCUGGAGUGAGCUCAUAACCCCUCACGCCAUACGAGUUCAGACUCCUCCCAGACACAUUCCCGGGGUUGUGGAGGUCACUCUGUCCUACAAGUCAAAACAGUUCUGCAAAGGUACACCAGGAAGAUUUAUCUACACAGCUCUGAAUGAGCCCACUAUUGACUAUGGUUUUCAGAGGCUACAGAAAGUCAUUCCGAGACACCCCGGUGACCCUGAGCGCUUACCAAAGGAGGUGAUUUUGAAGAGGGCAGCAGACCUGGUGGAAGCUCUAUAUGGGAUGCCACACAAUAAUCAGGAGAUAAUUCUGAAAAGAGCAGCAGAUAUCGCAGAGGCGCUCUACAAUGUCCCAAGGAAUCACAACCAGUUACCAGGUCUGACCAACAACUCUGUCCACGCUGGCAUGAUGGGAGUCAACUCAUUCCAUAGCCAGCUCGCAGUCAAUGUGUCAGAGUCCACACAAGCAGCCAAUCAGGGUUUCAGUCGGAACACGAGCAGCGUAUCCCCUCACGGUUACGUACCCAGCUCAACACCCCAGCAAAGUAGCUACAGUACCGUCUCUACCAGUAUGAAUGGAUACGGCAACACAGGCAUGACCACACUGGGAGGAUCACCCAACUUCCUCAAUGGUUCAGCUGCCAACUCUCCUUAUGCCAUUGUUCCUUCAAGUCCCACCAUGGCCUCCUCCACCAGUCUUCCCUCCAACUGCAGCAGCUCCUCAGGCAUCUUCUCUUUUUCUCCAGCCAACAUGGUGUCUGCAGUUAAACAGAAGAGCGCCUUUGCUCCUGUUGUGAGGCCCCAGACAUCGCCGCCACCAACCUGCACCAGUGCCAAUGGCAACGGCCUCCAAGUAGAUCAAUCUUUUGUGGACUCUAGCAAGUACUCCACCACCAGCUCCCUGCAGGGACUGGCCUUCUCCUGAAUGAUCCCAGGGAUGAUUGUUCCUCCUAUGUAGGGGCUCCCGGGCUGCUGAAGAGGCACAUGUUAUUUCAGCUCUUGAUGGAGAAUUUAAGGUCUGAAGAGCUGAAGGCAAUUUUGGGUUGAGGAGAAAUGAAAACUGAACUUUUAAAACUCAGGCCUUUUGAAAAAGGAAUCUCAUUUUAUGGGAAGAGAGUGUUUGUUUGCUUUUGUUUUUAAGUUAAUUUCUGGACUGCUCUACGGAAAGACAUUUCCCUAUGUUUUUACCUUUGCAAAAGGGAUGGAUGGAUCUCCUAUUGAUUUUUUUCAUGGGCUUUUUUGAUUAAUUCAGUGAUCACAUGCCUUUUUUUACAGACUGUAUCAUACACAUAAGACACUUUCAGGAGUGGGUGCACCCGUAAUGUUUCUGAGAGCUAGCUGUUGCAUAACAGUGACACAGAUCUCUCUUAAUACUGACCAGUUUUAUGGAAACGGAUACAUUUCAAAUUGUACAAAAUCCAAGAAACACAAAUAAAAAGACUUAGGCCAACCACUUGAACAUAGAAAACAAGAGAGGGAAUUUUUUUGUCCCAGUAAAAGCCAACAAAUAUUUUGCCAUAAUUAUUUUUGUUGUUGUCGUUUCUAAAUUAAAUUGUAGCACCAUACUCAGUUCCCUGUCAUAUUGUUUUUUAAGUGAACAUUCAAAUUCAAAGCAUCUGGGUGCCAGCUGGUUUGGAUGUUAUGAUGUAGGAAAGCUAUUUAAUAGUUUUAAAAAUGCUGUCAUGUCAUGCUAAAUUUUUUCAGUGGGCUGUUCGCUCAUGUCCAGAUUCUUCCUCAAAGAAAAAAAUCCUAUUGAUAGGCAUCCAAUUUCCAAAACAAAUCAGUAUUUAUGUUUAUUAAAAUGUGUGCUGCUAAAUAGAGCAAAUAUAUGCAGUAAACUUACAAUUGAAGGAAAAAAUAAAAAUGCACCCUUAGUUGCCAUUUAGUUUUCUUUUAAAAACAUUUUGAAUUGUAUGUGUGCUCCAAUAAUGUGAUGAAAUCUUUUUUUUUUUUUUUUUUUUUUUUGCUUUGUUUAUGAAAAAUGAAACUGUGAGAUCAAUUUAUGAAGUGUUUGGUUUGCUGUGUCUGCUAGUGAAGGAUAUAGGUUAAAUGAAGUAUAAGAAGAAUGCUAUUUCAGAGUUGACUGUUAAAACAACCCUUUUCCUUUUGUAUGUGUGUUUCUUUGGCUGGUUUUGAGAGACAUGACUUGAAUUAGCAAAGUAUGCCCGUUUAGACCACACUGUAUAGAAUGCUUUCCAAAUGUAAACGAGUCCAACACCCAACAUAAAACAGUUUGAUUAGUUCCCAUUGGUAGUCAUCUAUUUUUGUACACAUGAUUUCUGUUGCCAAAGUCUUUGUUUUAUUUGUAUUUAUCUCAAAAUGGCUUGAGGCAGCUUAUUAUAACACUGAUGACUGGCUCAAUGCAUAGGCUACACAAAUUCUGACCAACUUCAGCAAACAAAGAGCAACAGUGAGGAAGGAUACUGGACAAAAAGAGGGGAAUCUCUGUAAAAUAUCCAUAUAAAUAAUAUAUGUAUAUCCAGACUUUGUAUAUUCCUUUUCUCCCCAAAGUUUCUUUGACUGUGUAAGGUUUUUCUGUGUGUGUGUUUGUGUCUUGUCCAUCUGUUCACUCUCAUCACCCAGCCUUGUCUUGAAAUGUAAUUUCUCAUCAUGUUUAUUUGCAUUUCAGUCCAUGUUUUCAUCAUGUUGCUAAGCUUCCAUUUUUUUAUUCUGUUCGUAAAAAAAAUACAUUGUCUAGUUUUGUAUAAUUUGUAAGUUAAAAAGCAAUUGUUUUUCUUUUGGAAUUUUUUAAUGUAUGGCAACAAAGUAGCAUCUCACAGUAUUUAGUUAUGUAGA